UUUUCUAUUUACAAUUUCACCAAGAUAAUUGAAAAACCUCUCACAGAAAAAUUUCGUUGUGGACACCUUAGGCAUUCUUGUUUGUAUAAUAAAUCUUAUAAUUGGUAUUUAAAAACAAAGGAUUAAGGACGGCAAAUUAAAAUCAAGGACAUAAAUUAGAAAAAUAGGUGUACCAUGUAAGCAGCUGUUGGUAUUCAACAAAAAUUUAGUCGAUAGGGUGAUUUCGAACUCUUAGGAUAAGCUUGAAGAUCGUCAACUCUGAUUCUUGAUUCUCCAGAAUAGUCUUGGAAACAUUUAAAAAAAAAAAACAAAAUCCGAUAAUUUUUUUUUCCGGUUUAUUGCAGAUGGAGUUUGAUAUCACCCUGAUUGUUAUUUUCUGCAUCGUAUUUGUAUUCAACGUAACGGGAAACUCUCUAGUGAUUUACAUCAUCUCGAAGAAACAACGAACAUCCACAGACCAUCUGCUGUUGAACCUGGCUGUUGCCGACCUUAUAUAUGGAGUUUUUUUGACUUUCUAUCACCUCUCGUAUUUUCUCAAAUUGUUUGUGCCAAAAUAUCACAACAUUGUUUUCAAAAACGAUAUCUUCUGUCGAGUUUUUUUCUCAGGUGGAAUUGCAUCGACUGCAUAUGUUGAUUCUAUAUUUACUGUGAUAAUUUUGUCAGUGGAGAGAUACUUCGCAGUAUGCAGACCUCAUGGAUUCAAGAAGUGGUUUUCCAUAAGAAAUGUAAAAUGCGUCAUGUUGUUUUGUUGGAUUUUGUCUGCUGCACUGAUUCUACCGGCUGGAAACAGCGGAAAAGAUUGCAUGUCAUAUGAUAAAGAUGCAGGAAAGACUGUAUCUGCCAUUCUGAUGGUAUUUUCAAUAUCCACAUUGAUAGUUCUUGUUGUGCUGUUUAUUAAGAUCUGUGUGUCAUUGUGGUGUAAGGAAACUGCAAUCCAGCCAACAGCAGUAAGAGAGAUACAAGAGAGAAAGAUGAAGAAAAGGGUCUCAUUGUGUGUACUGGCUGUAGUCAUCACUUACAUUUUGUGCUCUAUUCCACAGUUCAUUGUAUAUGUUAUUGCUGCCUUCCAAUGGCUCCAAGAAAACUUACCUGUGCUCUACCAAAUAACCUCACUUUUGACCCUUGUAAAUUCAGCAGUUGAUCCAUAUCUUUACAGCUUCCAAAGCCAAAAGAUGAGAAAAUUGUUCAAAAAGAUCUUUUUGUGCAGUAGGAGAGAUCAUUCCCAUGAACCGUCUCAGGGAGAGCAGAGCCAAUAAGCAAUUGCAUAAAAAAAUAUAUAGCCUGAGUAUCAGGCUCUCUCGAAGGGGUUUGGGGCGGAGCGAGAAAGGAGAGAGAGCCUGACACAAUCUUCUAUCGAGAGCCGUGUUCGGCGGCCGUUUCAUGGCCGAAACGCUGAUUGGUCUAGAGGACAAAGGAAGUGACAGGAAUUAAAAUAUAUAGUAAUUAUUAUGUUACCGAACGACGCUAUGACUCUUGAUAUGAAUGAAUAACAGUUUGGGAAAGCUUUAAUAGUACCGUAGUUGCAGAGGCUUGUCUUUUAUUUUU